GAGGGCGGGGGAGGGCGCUGCGCAUGCGCGGCCGCUCUGAGGGGAGGCAAGAUGGCGGCGCCCGCCCCCGCGUGAAGGAGAGGGGCGGAGCGUGAGGGAGAGAGGCGGGAAAGAUGGCGCUGGCCUGGGCCGCGGCGGCGCUGAGGGCGGCGGUAGGAGGCGGCGUGAGGGGAGCGGGGAGGCCGCGGUGGGCUCAGGACCUCCCCCGCUUCUGCAGCACCCAAGAAACCCCCCAGGACCCCCCGGCCGCCCCCUCCCCCUACCAGGACCGGCCCUGGGAGUACCUGGAGAGCGAAGAGUACCGGGCCACCUACGGAGACAAGCCGGUGUGGCACGGCUACCGCCGCAACCACAAGGGCUCCGUCCCCCCGCAGCGCACCCGAAAGGCCUGUCUGCGCCGGGGGAAGCCUGUGGGGAGCCCCUGCCCCAUCUGCCGGGACCGGAACCUUGGGUGUGGCCUGCCUGUACUGAGUGGGUGUGGCUCCAGUGGGCGUGGCCUGUGCUCAGUGGGCGUGGCCUGUCUGUACUCCAUGGUCCUGCGGGAGGAGCCGGAGCCCCCCUGGCCCUUCAACCUUUCCCGGGGGUCUCCGGUCCGGGGCAGCCUCCGGCCGUUCCUGCUGCGCCGGGACCCCCCCGGAGCCGCGAGCCCCCCGGAGCCGCCCCCGCGGCCGGAGCCGCCCCCGCGCCGCGCCAGGUAA